GAAAAGGUGCGUGAACUCCGUCUGUCUGUUCCCAAGGAGAAGUUUGAGGGUUGUCGCCCAGUGUCAUUUGCCUUUGCAGGAUAUAGAAGGAUUACAGAAUGGCAGCGCUUUGCAGGAGAGCAGUUGUGCUGUUCCAGACUACGAAAACUUUGCCUUAUGUUUUAACAGCUGCAAGAAAAUGUAGUACUGCAGGUACCCAGUACAAUUAUUUAAUAGUUGAUAAGCGAGGAGAAAAUAAAAAUGUUGGUUUUAUCCAGUUAAAUCGGCCUAAGGCCUUGAAUGCCCUCUGUGAUGGGUUGAUGAAAGAGAUGAAUCAGGCAUUGGAUGCUUUUGAAAAUGAUGCACAAGUUGGUGCCAUUAUUAUCACUGGCAAUGAGAAGUCAUUUGCAGCUGGUGCAGAUAUUAAAGAGAUGCAAAACAGAACAUUUCAGGAGUGUUAUGGUGGAAACUUCCUUUCUCAUUGGAACAGAGUGUCUACUGUAAGGAAGCCUAUUAUAGCAGCUGUAAAUGGAUUUGCCCUUGGUGGUGGCUGUGAGUUGGCUAUGAUGUGUGAUAUUAUUUAUGCUGGAGAGAAGGCACAGUUUGGACAACCUGAAAUUCUUCUUGGGACAGUUCCAGGUGCAGGAGGAACUCAGAGGCUGACAAGAGCUGUGGGCAAAUCACUGGCCAUGGAAAUGGUUCUUACUGGGGACAGGAUAUCUGCCAAAGAAGCCAAAGAAUCUGGCCUUGUAAGUAAAAUCUUUCCUGUGGAACAGUUGGUAGAAGAAGCACUCAGAUGUGGCGAGAAAAUUGCAAACAACUCUAAACUUGUAUGUGCAAUGGCAAAGGAAGCAGUCAAUGCUGCUUUUGAGCUGACACUAACAGAAGGAAGUAGAUUUGAAAAGAGAAUAUUCCAUGCAACAUUUGCAACAGAUGAUCGAAAAGAGGGGAUGACAGCAUUUGUAGAAAAGAGAAAAGCCAAUUUCAAGGAUAAUUAAAUUAAUCAAACACUAUCUAAAUAGUUUGCAUUCAGAAUGUUACACUGCCAGCUUUCACUUUUUUGUAGAAUGAAGGGAUCUUUAACAGCCACUUCAAAUAAAUUCUUAGAAAAAUUUGUAAAACAUGAUGUUAAAGAAAGCAAAUUCUGGUCCAUUUAAAGAUAACUGCAAUGAGCUGCAAAUCCAUAUACACUGUAUAAUUUGUAUUGUAAAUAAUAAAGCUGUCAUUGUAACUUU